GAAACCCUCCACGUCGGUAGGAUUUGUUUGGUCUCUUCAGUGAGCGAUUGUGCGACAAAUGAAGGUCUCUUGAUUGUUUUUUGACCUUAAUACUUUGUUGUUGUGAACAUUUUUGCCCCAUGAUUCAGUCUGAGGUCCCCUUUCAUUUAGGUUAAGCCACGAUCAGCAAGGUUUAACAUUUCUUUUAAACAUUGUUAGAGUUCAGCUUUAAGGGGUUUGAGGAUAAACAAAAUUAUUUGUGCACAAAGUUACCUGUUUUCUUUUAAUUCUCUUGGAUUUGAACGGGUUCCUCGGUUUUCUGCGCUCUGGAUUUGAUGAAUCUGAACACAUUUGGAGUGAAAUAAGGCUCUGAAGCGAUGGCCUCUCCCCCGCCCCCACUGCAGCCAAGUGUUUCCCCCUCCCGACAUAUCUGCGUCGGCCCAGCUGUAGCCCUGACGAUAGGCCUAAUAAAAGCAGCCUCAUUUGCAUCCCAAUAGCCGGCGCCAUGUGUGGUUGGCCGCUCCUGCCCCAGAAAAGGGCCUGCAUGGAGGCAAUGAAGACUGAGCUCAGUUCAGGCUUUGUCCUCUGAAACAUACUUAUGACAUUAAUCCAUUAUUUGUCCCAUUUUACAGAGUUUAAUCAGAUCUCUGUCUCCGUCUGGGUAAAUAAUCGGAUAUGUGGAUACCAUUUUUUUUUUUACAUGUUUUGCUCUUGGAGCUUCCACCUGAAGGAGUUUCUGUUGGGUUGUCAUUAAAGGCACGUGAUUGGUCAAAUCUGUUGCUCAGAGUGCAUGAAUAUAGCCACGCUUCAAUGUUUUCACGGCUGCAGGAAAAAACAUCAUUUCAGCAGCGCUCAGCACAUUACAUUCUUUAAAAGUCCUUUUUUUUCUGUCAAAACCAGAUUUGAUUUCAUCAGAAACACUGACUCCCACAGUGAAAAGAUCCCACGCAGCAACAUUUACAGUCAGCUGCAGGGAACAGCUUUGCGCCACAGUAAUGUAAAGCUGUCCUGCGUCCCUCUCGGAGCUGUCUGGGAGGAUUUCUGGGAGGCAGACGACAGCUUGGACAGAGCGCCGAGGAAUUUGAAAAUGGUGGAUAUUGUAGCUCUCAAAAUGCCCUCAGAGAAUGACGUUCACGUGGCGAGAAGCUUUCUCACCAAGAUUUUGCGCAGUUCCAUGAGGAAGAACCGCUUUAAAGGGAGGAACGAACCCGUAAGCAGGCCUCACUCCUGGCAUUCAACCAAGUUUAAUGAAAACCAAUCGGAGUCCAGCAAGACGCAGUCUCCGCCCACAGCUGUCUGGCACUGCAAAUAUGAUGCAAGCUCGUCCGAUAAUGAUCUCUCUGGAGGCUGGGAGCAGACGAACCUGUGCAGAGCGUCCGACCAGUUCAGCUCUCUGGGGAGCAUGGACAGUCUAGAGCAUGUUUCUCAGUCUAACAACAGCAUGGAGCACCUCGGAGGAGGAAAACGGGACUCGGCCUACAGCUCCUUCUCCACCAGCUCCAGCACGCCGGACUACACGCUGUCGAAAAGCAACGCCGCCUCCACCGAGAACAUGCUUUACAAAGUGACUCAGUGGGAUGCGGGAGGAAGGCGGGGCCAGGGAGCGGCUGCUGAUGGAGUCAAACUUGAGGACAGGCUCCCGUACUUCCAGAUGCCAGGGGUUGGUCCGGGUCACGACGGUCUGCCAACCGAGGACCCGGCCGGCUCCCGACAUUCCACCUCGAGCAGAAUCAGCUUUGGGCCGGUGUGGAACGUGCCUGAGAAAAAGAAGGCGGCGUCCACGUCUCCCCCGCCGCCUCCUCCGCCUGCACGCAGCAACAGCUUUGCAGCAGCUAAAGCUCACGAAAGGGGACUUGUCACAGCUCCCCCCGAAGGACUCGAGUCACACUGCAGGGCUCUGAAAAAUCUGCGCAGCCACAGCAUUUCCCUGAAGAACGAUAGCAGAAACAUUCUCACCUCCACCGAUAAAAGCACCCACGCCGCGUUCAGCCCAAACAAGCCGUCUUCGCUCUCCGGCAGUGAUGCUCACCAUGGUCACGGGGCCAGCCAGCCCUUCCAGCAACCGCACCACAGUGACAAAAGCGCCUACUUCCCCCAGCCCUGGACCCCACCCGCCUCAAAGACGCAGAGUGUCGGCGGUUACCACAGCAGCCUGCAGGACCUGCCCACACACAGCUCCGCACAGCAUCUAAGCCAGAACCAGAGAUGGAGCCUGAGCAGCAACCUUUCCUCUGCAGCCACCGACCACGAGAGCGGAGGGCCGAGCCGCUACUACUGCAUCACCACAAGCCACGGCACACAUCCUAACCACCCGUCUCUGUCUGGAAUACCGGAAGUCAGAGGAAGCGCCGCAGGUCUGCCACAGGAGCGGCGCUCCACCAGCCCGCAGGCAGCCCCCAAAGCCAGGCAUCAUCUGCCCCAACACUCCCCACGCUCUGAAGACAAUGCUGCGCACGGAAAGCAUCAGGUAACCGCUGCACCAGAACCCUCUGGACGGAAAAUGAGCUGGGGGGAUGGGGGGGUCCAAAGAGGGCCAAACACACAGACUGCAGAGCCGCAAUAUGCCCCUGAGCAGAGGAGGUCUCUCCCUCCUCAGCUCAGAGAAACGUCCCAGGAGGUCAGACAGCCCAUCCCCGCCACCAACAAGAUCUCCCCUCAGACGACCCCGAUGCUUCACUCACUUUCCGUGUGCGCCACGGCCCGCCAGGACCACGCCGUGGGUGGCAGCUCUGAGGAGGCCCUUGAGACCCAGCAGAUGGCGCGCAGCAACCGCUUCGCCACCACUUUGAGAAACGAAAUACAGACAAGGAGGGCGAGGAUGCAGAAGAGCCGGAGUGCGGCUGCCCUGCCGGAUGCUGAACCGAAGGCCGAGCCUGAACCGCGGGCGGAUCCAGAAGAGUGGAGGUCUGCGCAAAGCUCUACCUCUGCAGAGGGGUCCUUCUCUAACACAUACAAGGAUCAUCUCAAGGAAGUACAAGAAAAGGUCCUUAAAGCCACCUCCUUCAGGAGGAGAGACCUGGAGCCUGUUUUACUGGAGCUCUCUAAAGAAGCCAACCAUCCCUCCUCAGUGCAUAAGAAUGUCGACCCCGUUCUGAACCAGCAAGGAACCGGUAAUUCUGGACUUUCCAGUGGUCAGGUCUCACGCAUUGGAGGCCGGAAACGUUUCACUGCAGAAAAGAAGGUCCGAUGUUUCUCUGAACCAGACAAAAUCCAUGAAGUUGGUGUUGACCAAGACCCCUCAGGAAACACAAGCUCUCCAGGGAACCAACAGGAGCUGACAAGCGCAGAACCCUUCUGCAAGCAGGUGCCCGUUCAAAGCCACGACAAGAUCCGGGGCAGGAAUGUUGCCCCUCACAGUGCAGCGGAGGACACUCUGAGAGGUGGAGCGCGCUCUGAAACGGCUGAAGGAGCUCCUCACCACGCACCGUCCGCCUACGACAAUCAGAGACUGGGCACGUUUGCGGAGUACGAGGCCAGGUGGAGCAAACAGAGGAAAGCUCCAGAAAAGAAACCUUCUGGACGGUACCACUCAGCCGAUAACAUCGUAGAUUCGACACCUGAGGACAGCGACAAGACAUGCUUCCAUGAGAGAUCCCGAUCGUCUCCUUCAGCACACAUCUACGGUCAGAAGAUUCCAGUUCCUGCAGGACAGUCGGACGCAAGAUAUUAUCAGACGGAAGGCGGAGCGGCCGAGGCGCUUCCUGCUGAGUCGGGGUUUUCAGGUGACGGCGAAGAAAACCCAGCCGAGUUCAAAAACGACUCGCCGCCACUGGCCCCGCCCAUGACAGGAGCCAAUCUGGACAGCAGACAGGGAGCUGCUCCUGCCGCCCUCAGCCACAGACCCACGUCUUUCUCCCACAGCGCCGCCGAGUCCGGCCCCUCCCAGUCUGAUGAGCGCAGCCACACAGCCGGGAGGAAGCCCUCUGCGCCGGAGACGCUCCCCCCUGCUGCAAGCCCAGAGCCGGCCUCCUGCGAGUCCCUCACAGGUUCUCUGAGUGAGGUCUCCUUCUGCCGAUCUCCCACCGCCCAGCCCAGCUCCUCCCUCCACCCCACCCACGCUGUAAGGGGAGAUUCUGAGCAGGGCAGAGGACUCGUGGACAAAGGACAAGGGGCAGUACAUCAUCCAUCAAAACCCAGUCCCCCGCCCGCCUCCUCUCCUCCGGCUUCCUCCUACAGAUCUUCGGGGCUGUCCGGCAUGGAGAGGCGGCGCACUCCUUCUCCACAGUUCUCCCCGCAGAGACUCAGUGACAAGCCUCCCGUCCCGUUUCCCCAGGAGGACUCAGACAGGUCGGUCCCCGUGAUCCAGAACCAGAGCUCCGCGGCCAGACGAGUUCCCAUCAGGAUCGUCCACUCGGAGGGAACCGCGGAGAAGGAGCACUCCCCGUUUUUGCAGCAGAGUGAGCUCGUGCACGUCGAAGCUGGGGGGCCCGGCGCGGGCAGAGUUGGCAGCUUCGGAGCUCUGGCGGAGGACUCGGACUUCUGCGCUUUUAGCCGGCACUGCAAUAAAACCCCGGAGACCCAGGUUCAGCAGAGACCCGAGACAGACGGAUACAUGACGACCAUCGGAGAUGACGUCCAGCUGCCGCCGCCGCCACCGAUGGUCGCAUACAUGAUGACCAUCGGAGAUGACGUUCAGCUGCCGCUGCCGCCGCCGCCGCCACCCGCAGAUGAGCCAGUCGGAACCACAGCAGGAAUCCAGGAGGAGCAGAAGAGAGAGGAGCUGGCCCGGGACAUCAUGGGGAAGGACAAAUCCCUUGCUGAAAUUCUGGAUCAGAGCAAGAUGAGGACUACCAUGGACCUGAUGGAGGGGCUCUUUCCCGAAGGCGAGCAGCUGGUGGAAGAAGCUCACAUGCGCAGGAAGGUGCACAGCAAGCAGACAAACCCUCGACCCGCCGAGGAGAGGGAGAAGAAGGACGACGUGGCGGCAGCCGUCACCAUGGUGACCAGCUCCACCUAUUACAGCACAUCUGCUCCCAAAGCCGAGCUCCUUAUUAAGAUGAAGGACAUGCAGCAGCACGAGGAAGAGGAGGACUCCGAGGACGAGCUGGACAUCGAUUUAGCCAACAAGAAGCAAGAGCUCAUUGACAGCCUAAGCAAGAAGCUGCAGGUGCUGCGAGAAGCCAGGGAGAGCCUUCAGGAGGACAUCCUGGACAACAACGCCCUGGGAGAGGAGGUGGAGGUCAGAGUCCAGCAGGUCUGCAAGCCCAACGAGCUGGACAAAUUCCGGAUGUUUGUCGGAGACUUGGACAAGGUGGUGAGCCUGCUGCUGUCACUGUCUGGGCGCCUAGCCAGAGUGGAAAACGCCCUCAACAGCCUGGAAGAGGACGCCACUGCGGAGGAGAGGCGUACACUGAUAGAGAAAAGGAAGCUGUUGAUCCGGCAGCACGAGGAUGCAAAGGAGCUGAAGGAGAACCUGGACCGCAGAGAGCGUGUGGUUUAUGAGAUCCUGGCGAAUUACCUCGAGGACGACGGCCUCAUGGACUAUGAGCACUUUGUGAAGAUGAAGUCCGCCCUGAUCAUCGAGCAGCGCAAACUGGAGGACAAGAUCAAACUGGGGGAGGAGCAGCUGAAGUGCCUGAUUGACAGCCUUCCCAUCGAGCAGAGGCUGGCUUUGUGAAGACGCACCUGAGCUCUGUGACCAGCAGGGGGAGGCAGAGGGCCAGUGGAGGCGUUUUGUUUACUUGAACUGCCAUCAAACACACUUUUCUAAACAGCAUUUUUGAAGAAAAAAAACUCCCUUUUUCGUAAAAGAAAAAAGCAACCACUUUUUAUUUUGUUCCACGUUUGUUUUCUAGUAAUUUAUUUUAGCCUUCUGAGUCCACUCAGAGGUGGACGGCGUGCGGACAUGCGGCCUGACGUGCAUCACGUGCCAACAGGCACAGCUAUUUAUCACUAUUUUGCUUAAUGAUAUCAACAUUUAUCAUGUGGUCUGUAAAAAUAUUUCUUUGAGGAACGUAGAACCCGGUGGCCUUUUUCUGAGCGCGCUCUUGUCCUCGCCUCCUCACUGAAGAAACAUUUUCUCUGCACUGAGGACUUAAAGGAGGCGUGCGGCCGCUCCAGCUGGGUGAGCAUUUCUGUGGGCAGAGGAGGUGCAGGCUCCUUUUAAGAGCCCUUGAUCAGCUUGACCGAACAGGAGGAGCUCUCCUCGUUCAGACCUGGAGGUCCAGGGGGAUCUGAGGAGCUUCAGGAACCGCCCACACGACCAGCCUCGGCUCUCGCCCGUGUAGUUUCUCUUCAACGUCUUUGCUCGACUUUGCUCUCGUCAUGUUUGACACAAAAACAUUUCUGUACUUCAACUUGGGAUCAUUUCAACAUUUUUGUUAGAAAGGCUGCAACUUUUAUUUUCAUUUUAAGCCCAAAAACGGUUUAUUUUUGCUGCCAAAUGUGAUAAUAAAACAAACAAAUUGGAU